GAAAAAGUAAGCUCAAAAGUAUUUUUAAAAUGGAAAGAAUUUGGAUGUAAAAUUGAACCUCGUGCAGAGAGUAAGGCUAUUUGGAUUAUAAUGAAUGGUACCGAGGAUGAAAAUGAUGAUCGAUUUGAAAAAAUAUUUAAAAUAUUAAAAUUUGCUGAAGAAGCUAAUGAAAAUGAAAAAUUACGUUUUAAAAUAAGUACAAGAAUUUUAAUUCCAAAUCAAAAGUGCGGGUACGUUGUUGGAAGAAAUGGAUCUACUUUAAAAAAAAUUGUGAAUGAUUUUAAUGUUAUUGCUUUAAUGGAUGGCGGACAUUCCGACCCCGUCCCCGAAGGUUUUGGCCGUUUAAUUUUGAAGGGGACCAAAUUGGAUGGAAUUCGCUCUGCCAGAUCUCAAAUAAAUUAUAUGGUCAAAAUUGCUUUGGAUCUAAAUCCUUAUGGACCUGCUGAUGGAAAAAGAAUGUCGGCUUUGGGAAAAACUGCUUUGGCUGAAGAAAGGAUUAAAGUGCCUCUAUUUAGUGCUUUUAGUGAAGAACAGAAGAAACAAUUUCGAGAAAUUCAGAGAACUUCAAAAGUCGAUUUUAUUGUUGAUAAAGAAGAUAAGCCUCAAGAUGGACGCUUUUUAGUAUUAAAAGGAGAAUUGGCCAAUGUUGUUGAAACUAAAAAGAGAAUUUCCAAAUUGAUUUUUGACUUGAGAUAUUCUCCAGUUGAAGAGGAAAAGACUUCACCUCCAACAACUACAUUUUUGUCUUCUUUGGAUGAUCAAACAACUACAUUUCCUUCAAUCGAUUUUGUUGUGCCGUAUCCAAACUUUUUGGGUGUGCUUGGGCAAAGAGGGGAAAGAAUUAAAUCUUUAAAGACAGAAUUGGAUGUAAAUUUAGUAUUUCUUGGGGACAACAAAGCUCAAUAUAAUGAAGGACGAACUUUACGAAUAACUGGGAAAACCGACAAAAAAGUUCAAAUGGCCAAAUUAUUUAUACAAAGAGAAUUUAUUGAAAAAUGGUCGCCAAAAUACAACAAUAAUUUAAUUUAUGUUGAUCUUGAUAGACGGAGAAGGGUGGAUAAUACUGGAAAUGAUUGGGGAAAAUUUGUUGAGGAUUCGCAAAUGGAAGUUUUGGUGCCCCAAGAAGUUGCUAAAAUUAUGAUAAAAAUAAAGAUAAAAUUUGGCUUAACCUCCUACCAACUUCAUCGUCCAAGACCUGAUGGUUUCCAAUUUGUUUGUUUGAAGGGGUCGACUGAAGCUUUGGAAAAAGCGAGUAAACAUUUGGAUUUAAUGACAGCUGAGUAUAUGAAGGAAAAUGGAGAUGGAAGUGUGGAUAGAUCGUCAAAUGGAGAAAUGAAUUGGAGUGAGGAAAGUGAAGGGUUAAAUGGAGAUGAAGAAAGUGGGAAUGAAGAAGUAAAUAUAUUUAUGAAUGGAAAUGAAGAGAAGAAUAAUUGGGAGGAGGAAGAGAAGGAAAACAAGGAGGAGGAAGAAGAUGGGAAAAAGGUGGAAGAAGAGAAGAAUGAAGAAAGGAAAGAGAAGAGGAAGAGUGGAGGGAGUGAAGAAAGUAAAGGUUGGGAGGAGGAGAAGAGCGAAGAAGAAAAUAAAAAUGAAGGAGGAGGAAGAAAAGAUGAUGAAAAAGAAAAUGAAGAUAAGGAGGAUGAUGAAUUUGAGUGGAGAAGUCUGGUUAAUAUUAAUGAAGUUAUUGAAAAAGAAGAUGAAUUAGAGGAGGAGGAUGAUCAAUCAACUUUAGCGGGUGAUUUCAAUAAUGAAAGAAGAGAAUCUUUUACUUCUGAAGCGGAAGAAGCUAUUCGUAGAUUGUCAAUAAAUUCUUCUUUUGAUGAAGAUAAAAGGAAGAAGAAUAAAAAAGACGAAGAAAAGAGAACAAAGAAGAAUAAGGAGGAAGAAAAAAUGGAAGAGAAGAAGAAUAGCUUGUUUAAAGAUGCAAAUGAAAAGAGGAGGGAUCGAUAUAUUUUAAUGAUGGAUGAUUUUCUCGAACAAAUGUCUAAACGGGAGGAAGCUAAAGACCGUGAAAAUGCUUUAUUACGUCGUCAAGUUCAACGUUUAAAAAAUAAAAUUUUUGAACUUGAAGCUGCACAGAGUGUUACUGUUAACAAAAGGACUCAAAAAAGGGGAAGAAGAUAUAAUACUCGCAAGAAAUAA